AUGCAAAUAGCCUCUAGUUAUGACUUGGAGACACUGUAUCAGUUUACCUCCGGCCGAUGGCUCUGGGGAGAAAGCCAGCAGCUCAAGGCACGCCACUUGAAAUUUAAUAUAUCGGAAUUGCUUAGAAUUGCUGCUGGUGCGAUUGGAUCUGAAUCAUGCACCACAAUUGUGAAAGUUUCUGAAGGCCAGAAUAACAAGGUGUUUUACCUGACGAUGAAUGACGGACGUGAAGUUGUUGCAAAAUUACCGAAUCCUAACGCAGGAAGACCACGUUUCAUAACCGCUAGUGAAGUUGCAACUGUAGAAUUUUUGAGGAAAGUCCUCCAUUUUCCAGUUCCGAAGGUUCAUGCCUGGAACUCCAGGCCUGAUAACCCUGUUGGGGCUGAAUAUAUAAUCAUGGAGAAACAACCUGGUGUGGUUCUUCGUGAUGUAUGGACCACUAUGAAAGGAAAGCAGAAAGCUAGCAUUUUGCAACAAGUGGUUGAAUUUGAAAGGAUUCUCGCGUCGACAAAGUUCACGAAAAUAGGAGCCUUGUAUUACAAGGAAGAUCUCCCUACGCCAGAAAGAAACUCACCGCUCUAUGUCGAUGGGAGUGGCAAUGAUGUGUAUAGCCCAGAGUUUGAGAUUGGACCCACCAAUCACCGUUCUUUCUUUGACUUUGGCAAAGGGGGGCUUGACAUCGAUCGUGGACCAUGGCCUGAUAUCACCGCGUACCUGGAAGCCAUUGCUAACAGAGAAAUUGCAUGUGUAAACGCCGGCUUGAAAUACCCUCUCUUCCCAGAAGGCCUCUUCUACGGGCCUAGGCAGUAUCAGCCCACUGCAGGUAAAAAGAUAUCGGCACUGAACAACUACCUGAAGGUCUUAAAAUACGUUUUACCAGAGAAUAAAGCCGUGCAUGAAUCUGUCUUGUGGCAUGGGGACUUACACUCCCGAAAUAUCUUCGUUGAUCCGGAAGAUCCCAGUCGAAUAGUUGGUAUCAUCGACUGGCAAUCAGCCAGUGCUUGUCCACUUUUCAUGCAAGUCACCCGCCCGGCUUUCUUGGACUAUAAUGGCCCGACCCCCAAGGAACUCGGGAGGGUUAGUUUGCCUCCGAAUUUUGACAGUAUGUCUGCUGAAGAACAGGUUGAAGCGAAGGCGCUCUAUCAUUCCCAAACGCUACACAACCUAUACCUAGCUUUAACAGUGCGAUCAAAUCCAACGACUUUCCAGGCUAUUCAGGGACAUAGUACGCCUCGUCAACAAGUUAGCGUCCUACCAGGAUUGAUGUUGACGGACUGCGAACCAUGCCUUAACAGUUUAUUAAGGGAAAUUAGGAACUCAUGGCCUACGAUAGUUGGUGUGGCCGCAGAUGGUAAACCUAGCAUUCCCUGCCCUUUGGAUUUCUCUGCUACCGACGUGGAGCAGCAAGAACGAGACGUGGAGCUCUGGGCGCAUGGUGUCGAGCUUAUGAAUGAGUUUAUCAAAGACACUGGUGCAUUUAAACAUUGGGAUGGUAGAGUUGAAACAGCAGACUAUGACCUUUCAAUAAGACAGCUAUUCGAAGGAAUCGACAAAUUUCUGGACCGUGAAGCUAAGAAUGAAGAAGAGAGGGCAGCCUGGCUUAGGGCGUUGCUGUUCAUAGACUCAGAUGGAAGGCUAUAG